AUGCCAGAUUCUACCGAACCAGAACUUAUAUCACCCGUUUUACCGUCAAAAAUGAACAACAAAUUGAUGUUUGUUAACUGUCAAAAAUGUGGUGAAGAUUUCGUUCGAGAAGAGUGUCAGCAUUCUAUUCAAGAAAGAAGCCUAAAAGGAACUUGGGUGAUAGAAGAGGUGCUCAAAGCUAUUGAAAAAGGUUACCAAAUUAUAGAGACUUACGAAAUAUGGGAAUACGAUACAAUUCAGCUCAGUAAAGACCAAGAGGGGUUAUUUAGCGGAAUGAUGAACAAGUUUCUACAAAUAAAACAACAAGCUUCAGGAUGGCCCAAACAUUGCUUAACGGAUGAAGAAAAAAACCGUUAUAUUGAUGCAUUUUUGGAUACAGAGGACAUAAAGCUGGAAUUUUCAAAAAUUAUAGAGAACCCCUGUUUGAGAUCGUUAGCUAAACUUAUGCUGAAUUCUUUUUGGGGUAAAUUUGCUCAAAAAGAAAACCAAAACAAAACCUCGAUAGUCAGAGACUGUGGUGAAUUCUUUGAUAUGCUGGACUAA